AGGCCUGUAUGUAAGGUAAGAAAAUGUGGGGGAAUUUGUUGUACCGCCUGGUUUUACUUUUUGUGAAGUAAUAGAGAUAAAAAAUCGACUGCAUAGCGCAGAUAAUUUAAGCUUUGCGAACAAAUAUAACGCAAAUUAUAUCUGCAAAAAAAAUUGAAUUCAAUAAGAUUGAAGUAUAAAUCAUAGCUAUUGACCUGAGAACUUCAUAUGAAAAAUUAGUCGUCAGCAGAUAGGGAGAAAUACGAUUGGAAACAAAAGGUAUAUUCCGCGUAAAAGAAAAUCAGAAAAUAAGCGAACGGAACAAAGCAAAACGUGACAACGACGAAAUAGCAACCGUUUUGAACGUCGACUUCGUCACAACAACAAAGAUUUCGUAGGUCAUCUUGAAGAAAACGAGGGAGAAGGUGACAGAAAGUUUUUCGAUUGYAUUAGUUGGUAAGAACAACGACGUGGUUUGUAUUUUGCGCAAGAGGAAUAACCAAACCAAACACACAACCAAGGAAAAAGGAGAACUAACCACAAAGCAAUAAAGAGAAUUGUGAAGUAGUCAUCAACGCGUUUAAUUAUUCCGCUACUGCAAUGAGUGUAGACGCGUAUGGGCCUAGUUCGCAGACUUUGACAUUUUUGGAUACAGAGGAGAAUGACUUGAUUGGCGCUGAUACGCAGGCAUCAGAAUUUGAUUUUCGCGACUUCACGCUUCCUUCUCAAUCUCAAACACAAGCCUCCCAAUUGGAGUGCAUUGGUGGUAAUGCAACACAGAGCAAAUUGAAUGUACUAACAAACAAUUUGGCCGAGUUGCAAUUUGAAGAGGAGGAUGACGAUACAUCUAUAUUAGCGGUGAAAGAACUUCCUAAUCAUGCCUGCAAAUAUUGUGGCAUUCACGACCCUGGCACAGUAGUUAUGUGUAAUAACUGUAAAAAAUGGUUUUGCAAUGGAAGGGGUAGCACAUCCGGAUCGCAUAUAGUUAAUCAUUUGGUGCGAGCCAAGCAUCGAGAAGUGACUCUUCAUUCCGAAGGUCCUCUUGGGGAAACUGUACUCGAGUGUUAUUCAUGUGGUGUUCGUAAUGUUUUUGUUUUAGGAUUUAUCCCUGCUAAAGCGGAUUCAGUAGUGGUGCUAUUGUGUCGUCAACCAUGUGCUGCACAAAAUUCUUUGAAAGAUAUGAAUUGGGAUCAAGAUCAAUGGAAACCUUUGAUAACCGAUCGAUCUUUUUUACCAUGGUUAGUAAAGGUACCCACCGAGCAAGAGCAAUUACGCGCUCGUCAGAUAUCUGCUGCUCAGAUAAAUAAAUUGGAAGAAUUGUGGAAAGAGAAUAUUGAUGCAACGUUUCAAGAUCUUGAGAAACCCGGAAUUGAUACGGAACCAUCUCAAGUGCUUCUUCGAUAUGAAGAUGGCUACCAAUAUGAAAAAGUUUUCGGACCUUUGGUACGAUUAGAAGCGGAAUAUGAUAAGAAAUUGAAAGAAUCCCAAACACAAGAGGGCAUAGAAGUACGUUGGGAUGUUGGCUUGAACAAAAAAACCAUCGCCUAUUUUACCUUGGCGAAAACUGAUUCUGAUAUGAAACUAAUGCAUGGUGAUGAAUUAAGAUUGCGUUAUGUUGGAGAGCUUCAUAAGGCAUGGAGCGAAAUCGGUCACGUUAUAAAAGUGCCUGACAAUUAUGGCGAGGAUGUCGGAUUGGAGCUAAAAUCCUCAGCAGGUGCACCAGUUAAGUGUACCUCUAACUUUGCAGUUGAUUUUAUUUGGAAAUGCACUUCAUUUGAUCGAAUGACACGCGCCCUUAAAGUAUUUGCUAUGGAUCGCAGUUCAGUGUCUAAUUACAUAUAUGCUCGUCUUCUUGGACAUGGCAGACAUGAUGGCAGUGAUGAACUCUUAUUUCGCGGUCCCAUCCCAAAACUUUUUAGUGCCCCGAAUUUACCGGAUUUGAAUCGUUCCCAAGUAUAUGCUGUAAAACACGCACUGCAACGACCAUUAAGUUUAAUUCAAGGUCCACCGGGUACUGGAAAAACCGUCACCUCGGCCACAAUAGUAUAUCAAUUAGUGAAACAGCAUGGAGGAACCGUACUCGUAUGUGCACCGAGCAACACAGCAGUAGACCAACUUACGGAAAAAAUUCACCGCACAAAUUUGAAAGUAGUUCGCCUCUGUGCCAAAUCUCGAGAAGCAAUCGAUAGUCCUGUCAGCUUCCUAGCUUUACAUAAUCAAAUUCGUAAUAUGGAAACCAAUAUAGAGUUGAAGAAGUUGCAACAACUCAAAGAUGAGACCGGUGAAUUGAGCUCUGCUGAUGAAAAACGAUACCGUACCCUGAAACGAGCCGCUGAGCAUCAAUUACUCGAAGCUGCUGAUGUUAUUUGUUGUACCUGCGUAAGCGCCGGUGACGUGCGUCUAGCACGUAUAAAAUUCACUUCUAUCCUCAUAGAUGAAUCCAUGCAGUCGACUGAGCCAGAAUGCAUGGUACCAGUUGUUUUGGGAGCGAAACAGUUGAUACUUGUUGGAGAUCACUGCCAGUUGGGACCAGUUGUAAUGUGCAAGAAAGCAGCCAGAGCUGGUCUGUCGCAGAGCUUGUUCGAACGUCUAGUAGUUCUGGGUAUCCGCCCUUUUCGACUGGAAGUCCAGUAUCGAAUGCAUCCAGAAUUGUCGCAAUUCCCCUCAAACUUCUUUUAUGAAGGCUCACUGCAGAACGGUGUUUGUGCUGAAGAUCGCAAACUAAAAAUUGACUUUCCAUGGCCACAACCUGAUAGGCCAAUGUUUUUCCUUGUUACCCAAGGUCAAGAAGAAAUUGCUGGCUCUGGAACAUCUUAUCUAAAUCGUACUGAAGCAGCAAAUGUGGAAAAAAUAACUACAAGAUUUCUUAAGGCUGGCGUCAAGCCAGAGCAAAUUGGUAUAAUUACCCCAUACGAGGGCCAACGAGCUUACUUAGUUCAAUACAUGCAAUAUCAAGGGAGCUUGCACUCCAGACUAUAUCAGGAAAUUGAGAUUGCUAGUGUGGACGCUUUCCAGGGCAGAGAGAAAGAUAUUAUAAUAAUGUCAUGUGUGCGAUCUAAUGAGCGUCAAGGUAUCGGUUUCCUCAAUGAUCCCCGGCGUUUGAAUGUCGCGUUAACUCGCUCAAAAUAUGGCACUAUCAUUGUGGGCAAUCCUAAAGUUUUGUCCAAGCAACCGCUUUGGAAUCAUUUACUUAAUUUCUACAAAGAUCGCAAAGUCUUGGUCGAGGGCUCAUUGAACAAUCUAAAGGAGUCCCUAAUACAAUUUCAAAAACCCAAAAAGAUUGUCAAUACCCUAAAUAUGGGCGCCCACUUUAUGACCACAAUGAUGGCUGAUGCUAAGGAAGCCAUGAUUCCCGGCUCCAUCUACGAUCGAUCCGGGCAGUAUGGUUAUUCAUCGGGGCCUAUUAACGCGUCAAACUAUGGUAGUAGUGGUCUAGGAUUAGGAUUGGGUUAUGGCGGUAGCAAUAACUUAGGAUACGGAAGCGGCGCAGGAGCUGCACAAAUGCAAGCAGCUGCAGCUCAGAAUUUGAACAAUUUUAUGAGCGGCAAUUUUGGCGCUAUCGGAGCCCGACCCAGCGGUCCAAGUGGAACGGCAAAUCAAGCAGCUGCUAAUGCGCACCAAUGGAACCAUCACCACGAUUCCAUCAGCUACAUUUCACCAGAACGAGCCCAAGCAGCAAUGAACAACAUGCCAGUGCCGGUUGGAAUGUUCAUGAACAUGAGUAACAUUCCGCCGCGCUUCUACAACCAACACCAACAGGCAAUACAGGCCGCUGCGAAACAAGGCCGCCGAACUGGUGCCGGCCUGGGAGCUACUGGUAUUGCUGUAAACAACAACGGCAGCGGCAAUGGAGUCAGCAAACUAUUUAAUAAUUUAAAUUCUUCUCUCAUUGGUGUUGCUAAUAAAAGUCAAAAUGUUAAAAGUCGUAACAGCAUGCAAGCUCCUAAUACUACACCGUCAACAUCAACUAGCGCCACCGAUAUCGCUAGUGUUCUCAUUGGGGCUGGYUCUACCGCGUCCCAGAACAAUGCCCUGCCGCUCACCCAACAGAACAUGUCACAACAGAUGAGCCAACCGGGGGGCUUUACAUUGUCACAACAGCCCGAGCUGUCRCAGGAUUUUGGUCAAAUUUCGCAAAUAGAUAGCAUUCUUUCCCAAGAUGUAAAUUUUACCGCGGGCAAUCUCACCACUGAUAGGAUGAAAUUCGGCCUGAAUAGUCAGAGUCAAUUCUCGCAGCCUUAUUGAUAUAACGGUUGAUUCCAACUACAAAAGCAAAAGCAGCAGCAGUCAGUUAAACCAACAAUUCAUAUCAAACAAAUACAAACUUUUUGAUGUAACGAAAGAGAACAAAGAAGACAAGAAGCGUGCACACAAAACACUGCAGAAACAGCAGCCACAGAUCUCUGAUCGCAUAGAUAGAAUCGAACUGAAGCGGAAUUACGAGGUAUAAAAAGAGAAGAUUCCGUUUAAGCUACCCAAAUCACAAAAGGAUGCAAUUUCAAUCAGCGAAUCAGUGAUCGCAUAAAAAUGCGACUUCACAGCCACAGAGACAGAGUAGUAUGUGUGCCACCUGUGCAAACGUGUGCUUAAAUGGGUUAAUUACGAGUAGGAGAAUUUGGAAGCGACGACAAGCAGAAAACAAAAUACAAACACAACAAUCCACAAUGCGAUUUUAUGAGAGCCAAAAGAACGUCGCACAUACAAUAGGGAUUGAAGCAUGAGUGAGCCAACGAAACAAAAAAUUAUUAUUUUUAAAUUGAGGUGAAUGAAAGCUGAAGGCCUUUCAUCGUACAUACUUUAUUUUCUUAUAUCACGACGAGCAGAACCAAAAAAGAAAUGAAGCGAAAGAAAUUAGCGGACACUCGAUGUAUUCCCAAAAAACUGAAUAUUGUUGAAUAGAGUUUACGAGCAUGGUUCAUACGCUUUAGCGCCUCGAGGGCAAUUACCGAGCCAAUUGGCGGAAGUGUUCGAUCGAUACUUUUUAUGGGACUCUCUUUGUAUAGUGCUCCUCCAUCAAAACUUCUACAAGAUGAUGUGUUUUUUUUUAGGAACAACGCUCUUCCUUUCAGUCCGGUGGAAAUUCUUCAAUGAUGUCUGUGUGUAUUGUGCUGAAGCAUAGCGGGCUGUAUUCCCCAGUUCUAUUGCUCUUUGAUUUUCCCCGCAUAAAUAUAUUCUAACUUUUAAAUUUUGUGAUUACGUUCAUUUUCUGACAAGUGAUUUCUAAAUUAGCGACUAAAUUUCACAAAAAC